AUGGAGUGAUUCAGAGCAGGAGUAGACUGGCAGGCACUGUGUUUGGGAAACUGGCGCUCCGCUAUCUGUUUUGCAGCGCAGAGAUGCCUUUCACGGUUUAAAACUUAUACGCCCCAAACAGCAAAAGUGUUAUUUUAUUUUCGGGUUCUCUCUUCUGUUUAACAGAGCAUCAUCCCAAAAUGGCACAGAUACUUCCAAUACGGUUUCAGGAACAUCUGCAGUUGCAGAAUCUAGGAAUAAACCCAGCCAACAUUGGAUUCAGCUACCUGACAAUGGAAUCUGAUAAAUUCAUCUGCAUACGUGAGAAAGUGGGAGAUCAAGCUCAGGUUGUUAUUAUUGACAUGAAUGAUCCAACAAAUCCAAUUAGACGACCAAUCUCUGCUGAUAGUGCUAUCAUGAACCCUGCCAGUAAAGUCAUUGCUUUGAAAGAUGCUGCUAAGACUCUGCAGAUAUUUAACAUUGAGAUGAAAAGCAAAAUGAAAGCUCACACCAUGACUGAGGAUGUUACAUUCUGGAAAUGGAUCUCUGUGAACACUGUUGCCUUGGUGACUGAAACAGCUGUUUACCACUGGAGCAUGGAAGGAGAUUCCCAGCCUCUGAAGGUGUUUGAUAGACAUGCCAGUCUAGCUGGUUGCCAGAUCAUCAACUACCGGACAGAUGAACAGCAGAAGUGGUUGUUACUGAUUGGAAUCUCUGCUCAGCAAAACCGUGUAGUUGGUGCUAUGCAGCUGUAUUCUGUGGACAGAAAAGUUUCCCAACCAAUAGAAGGUCAUGCAGCUGCCUUUGCAGAAUUUAAGUUAGAAGGAAAUGCAAAAACAUCAACUCUCUUCUGCUUUGCUGUCAGAAGCCAGGCUGGUGGCAAGCUUCACAUUAUUGAGGUAGGACAGCCUGCAGCUGGAAACCAACCUUUUACUAAAAAAGCAGUGGAUGUUUUUUUUCCCCCUGAGGCACAGACUGACUUUCCAGUUGCAAUGCAGAUUGGCACAAAACAUGGAGUUAUUUACUUAAUCACCAAGUAUGGUUACAUCCACAUGUACGAUCUGGAAUCAGGAGUGUGCAUAUACAUGAAUCGAAUCAGUGCUGAAACAAUCUUUGUCACUGCUUCCCAUGAGCCAACCUCUGGUAUAAUUGGAGUCAACAAAAAAGGACAGGUCCUUUCUGUUUGUGUUGAGGAAGAAAACAUUGUUAAUUAUGCCACAACCGUGCUUCAGAACCCAGAUUUAGGGUUACGAAUGGCAAUCCGCAGUAAUCUGGCUGGUGCAGAAGAACUGUUUGCCAGAAAAUUUAACACACUUUUUGCUCAAGGAAAUUAUGCUGAGUCAGCCAAGGUUGCUGCUUCUGCACCAAAGGGAAUUCUUCGUACUGCUGAUACUAUUAGGAAGUUUCAGACUGUGCCAGCACAACCAGGGCAACCUUCACCUCUGCUGCAGUAUUUUGGAAUUCUGCUUGAUCAAGGGCAGCUAAACAAAUUUGAAUCUCUAGAACUAUGCAGGCCUGUUUUACAGCAGGGCCGCAAACAACUUUUAGAGAAAUGGCUGAAGGAGGACAAGUUGGAGUGUUCAGAAGAACUGGGAGACUUGGUAAAAACAGCCGAUCCCACCCUGGCUCUUAGUGUGUACCUUCGGGCCAAUGUACCUAAUAAAGUUAUUCAGUGUUUUGCAGAAACUGGACAGUUCCAGAAAAUUGUUCUUUAUGCUAAAAAGGUUGGUUAUUCUCCAGACUGGGUUUUCCUUUUGAGAAAUGUUAUGCGAGUUAGUCCUGACCAGGGCCUGCAGUUUUCUCAAAUGCUUGUUCAAGAUGAGGAACCUUUAGCCAACAUUAACCAGAUUGUGGACGUAUUCAUGGAAAAUAACUUGAUCCAGCAGUGCACAUCUUUUCUUUUGGAUGCUCUAAAGAAUAAUCGUCCAUCAGAGGGUCACUUGCAAACUCGAUUGUUAGAAAUGAACCUUAUCCAUGCACCUCAGGUUGCAGAUGCUAUACUUGGAAAUCAGAUGUUCACACAUUAUGACCGUGCACAUAUUGCACAGCUCUGUGAAAAAGCAGGACUUUUGCAGCGAGCACUGGAACACUAUAGUGAUUUGUAUGAUAUUAAGCGUGCUGUUGUACACACUCAUCUACUGAAUCCAGAGUGGCUGGUGAACUUCUUCGGCUCUCUGUCUGUAGAAGAUUCCAUAGAGUGUCUGCGAGCAAUGCUGUCAGCUAAUAUUCGACAGAACUUACAGUUGUGUGUACAAGUGGCCUCCAAGUACCAUGAGCAGCUUGGUACUCAAGCAUUGGUUGAGCUAUUUGAAUCUUUCAAGAGUUAUGAAGGCUUAUUCUAUUUUCUGGGUUCUAUUGUAAACUUCAGUCAGGAGCCAGAUGUGCACUUUAAAUACAUACAAGCAGCAUGUAAAACUGGUCAGAUUAAAGAAGUGGAGCGAAUCUGUCGAGAAAGUAAUUGCUAUGACCCAGACAGAGUCAAGAAUUUUCUUAAGGAAGCCAAGUUAACUGACCAGCUGCCUCUUAUUAUUGUGUGUGACCGUUUUGACUUUGUUCAUGACCUUGUUCUUUACUUGUACCGAAAUAGUCUUCAGAAGUACAUUGAAAUCUAUGUUCAGAAGGUGAACCCUAGCCGUCUUCCAGUUGUUAUCGGUGGUCUCUUGGACGUAGACUGCUCAGAAGAUGUGAUUAAGAACUUAAUUAUGGUAGUAAGAGGACAGUUUUCAACAGAUGAACUGGUUGCUGAAGUGGAAAAGAGAAAUCGGCUCAAGUUAUUGCUUUCAUGGCUUGAGUCAAGAAUCCAUGAAGGCUGUGAGGAACCUGCCACCCACAAUGCAUUGGCUAAAAUCUACAUUGACAGCAAUAACAACCCUGAACGAUUCCUUCGUGAAAAUCCAUAUUAUGACAGCAGUGUUGUGGGAAAAUACUGUGAAAAGAGAGACCCUCACCUUGCGUGUUUGGCAUAUGAAAGGGGCCAGUGUGAUCUGGAACUCAUUAAGGUCUGCAAUGAAAACUCACUUUUCAAAAGUGAAGCUCGGUAUCUGGUGCGCAGGAAAGACCCCAACCUUUGGGCAAAUGUCCUUGAGGAGAACAAUCCAUACAGACGACAACUAAUUGACCAGGUUGUUCAGACAGCCCUAUCUGAGACCCAGGAUCCGGAGGAAGUAUCAGUAACAGUUAAGGCUUUCAUGACCGCUGACUUACCAAAUGAAUUAAUUGAACUACUGGAGAAGAUUGUUUUAGAUAAUUCUGUUUUCAGUGAACACAGAAACCUUCAGAACCUGCUGAUCUUGACUGCCAUUAAAGCUGACAGGACAAGAGUUAUGGAAUAUAUUAAUCGCUUGGACAAUUAUGAUGCUCCAGACAUUGCUAACAUUGCUAUUAGCAAUGAGUUGUUUGAGGAAGCCUUUGCCAUCUUUAGAAAAUUUGAUGUGAACACUUCUGCUAUUCAGGUUCUAAUAGAACACAUUGGAAACCUGGACCGUGCCUAUGAAUUUGCUGAGCGGUGCAAUGAACCAGCUGUAUGGAGCCAGCUAGCCAGGGCUCAGCUACAGAAAGAAAUGGUCAAAGAAGCAAUUGAUUCUUAUAUCAAGGCAGAUGACCCCUCAGCUUAUAUGGAAGUGGUCAAUGCUGCCAGCAAAAACAAUAAUUGGGAAGAUCUGGUGAAGUUUCUGCAGAUGGCAAGACAAAAAGCAAGAGAGUCUUAUGUGGAAACAGAGCUUAUAUUUGCUUUAGCAAAAACAAACCGUCUGUCAGAACUGGAAGAGUUUGUUAGCGGACCAAACAACGCUCACAUCCAGCAAGUUGGUGAUCGCUGUUAUGAAGAUGGAAUGUAUGAAGCUGCUAAACUGCUUUACAACAAUGUCUCCAAUUUUGCCCGACUUGCAUCUACCUUGGUGCACCUGGGGGAAUAUCAGGCUGCUGUGGACAGUUCCCGUAAAGCUAAUAGCACAAGGACCUGGAAGGAGGUCUGCUUUGCGUGUGUUGAUGGCACAGAGUUUCGGCUUGCACAGAUAUGUGGCUUGCACAUUGUCAUUCACGCCGAUGAGCUGGAGGAGCUAAUAAGUUACUACCAGGACCGUGGGUACUUUGAGGAUCUGAUUGCACUUUUGGAGGCUGCCCUUGGUUUAGAACGAGCACACAUGGGAAUGUUUACUGAACUGGCAAUUCUAUAUUCUAAAUUUAAACCACAGAAGAUGAGGGAACACCUAGAGCUCUUUUGGUCUAGAGUCAAUAUUCCUAAGGUCCUUCGUGCUGCAGAGCAGGCCCAUUUAUGGGCGGAACUUGUCUUUCUUUAUGAUAAGUAUGAGGAGUUUGACAAUGCUAUAAUAACAAUGAUGAACCACCCUACCGAUGCUUGGAAGGAAGGACAAUUUAAAGACAUCAUUACUAAGGUGGCAAAUGUGGAGCUGUAUUAUAAAGCCUUGCAGUUCUACUUGGAUUAUAAACCUCUCUUAAUUAAUGACCUGCUGAUGGUUCUGUCACCACGUUUGGACCACACCAGGGCAGUGAAUUUCUUUGCAAAGAUGAAACAGUUGCAGCUUGUCAAGCCUUAUCUGCGAUCUGUGCAGAAUCAUAACAACAAGUCAGUAAAUGAAGCCUUAAACAACUUGCUAACUGAAGAGGAAGAUUACCAGGGUCUCAGAGCCUCCAUUGAUGCCUAUGAUAAUUUUGACAACAUAAGCCUUGCCCAGCGGCUAGAGAAGCAUGAGCUCAUAGAGUUCAGGCGAAUUGCAGCUUACCUUUACAAGGGUAACAACCGGUGGAAACAAAGUGUGGAGCUGUGUAAAAAAGACCGUCUCUACAAGGAUGCAAUGCAGUAUGCAUCUGAAUCUAAGGAUCCAGAGAUUGCAGAGAGAUUACUGCAGUGGUUCCUUGAAGAGGGGAAAAGGGAGUGUUUUGCAGCUUGUCUGUUUACAUCUUAUGACUUGCUACAUCCUGAUGUAGUUUUGGAGCUUGCCUGGAGGCAUAAUAUCAUGGAUUUUGCUAUGCCUUAUUUUAUCCAAGUAAUGAGGGAGUACCUAACCAAAGUUGAUGAGAUUGCGGCGAAGGUGAUGGUGGAUAAGCUUGAAGUGUCUGAAAGCCUGAGGAAAACGGAGCAGGAAGUUGCAGAGCCAACCCCAAUAGUAUUUGGUCAGCAGUUGAUGUUGACAGCUGGUCCAAGUGCAGUCCCUCCUCAAUCGGGAUACCCUCCAUAUGGAUAUGCUCCUGCAGGCUUCACUCAGCCCACCUAUGGUUACAAUAUGUAAAUAAGUCUACCGUUAAUGAUGUAUAUCAUUUUUGCUAGGCCUUCUUGGCACAACCACUUGGGUUUUUAAGGAAACGACUACAGAGCAACCAGUUCUUUAGUUUGGCUGCGCACAACACUUUUACACAGCAUGAGGAUGACUUCUAAAAAGUUAGUUGCUGUCAGUAUUUAUUAUCAUGAAUAUAUUAACUGUUACGUUCCAACUUCUGAAAAUGCAGCUUUUUCUAUCAAUUGAUUUCAAAUUUGAACUUGACCGCACUGAAUUAGAAAUGUUUCUGAAAGGAUUGUUAAAUUAAGCAGGGACUGCUUAUGUUGAUAAAGUACUGUAUCAUUCUGAUAGGGAGGAGAUAAGGUCAUAUUUGAAUUUUAUGUGAGGGAAAGAUGACCCUUGGGGUGUCAGUGUUGUAUGUUUUCAAACCUGAGAUUAAGCGUCUUGUUGAAGCUAACAUGUUCAUUUUUGUCAAUACCAAAAGAUGCUUUCUUUUAAUUUUGCAUUUUUUUCUGCUUGAUUCUCCCUCAGAUAAAGGCUAACUUGUCCACAAAGUUAGCCCUCAGAAAACAGAGCUUCUUCUCCUCCCUAUUUGGUUUUAUUAUCAAAUGAAUUUCUGACAGCUUUAAUACAUUAUUUAAUAAUAAUUAAAGGUACAUAAUGUAGUUAAAGAGAUAAAAGUAUAUAUAUAUAUAUAUAUAUAUAUAUAUAUAUAUAUAUAUAUAUAUAUAUAUAUAUAUAUAUAUAUAUAUAUAUAUAUAAUAUAAAAUCUAGGUUAAUGGAAGUGUUCACAUUUAUGUGCAUGUCCUGCCAAAUGGUGCGCGUUGACUAAGGAGAAAAAACAAAUAUCAGGAGCACAACUUUAUGAUAUAUGAAGCAUCCAAUCACAGAUAUAUUAGCUUAGAUUAAAGGACUUAAACAUGUUACUGACCGAAGGGAGGAAUUUUUAUGGAUGCUAUAGAUUUUCCAGGGAUUAGAAAAAAACGUGCCACUUUUUAAUAUAACCAUUUUAAAUGUACUCCAAUCAUAAUAUGUAUAAUUUAUUAACCUUGUGAGCCUCCUGAUUAAUCCCAAAUCCUUUGUAAUGUAAGUCCAUAUGUAUUGUCUGCAGUUUAAGAUUCAAGUCCAAAGUGAAAGGAUUUAAAAGCAAGCCAUUUAUUCUGUAGCACGUCUGCUUGCUGAAAGACAUAAAUAAAAUAUUCAUAGAGUUUUUCAUAUUUAUGCAAAAAAUGAGUGUUCUGGGACCACCUUGGCAUUGUGGGAGACUUUUUACACGGUUCUCUUGUCCCCUGGAGCAAUAGGCGGCUGUUUCAGUAGCACCAAUACAGAACUUCAGUAGUGUGGGUGGCUGCAUCUUCAGUGUUACAUGUUCCACUUUGCACAAAAUAUGGAGAUUUAUUGAAAGAGAGAGGUAAACAGAAGUUAUGUGCGCUGUAAACAUUCUGUUUCAAAAUGUCUUCAGCUGAAUAAAUAAAAGUUUACACACCUCAA